UAGGGUUGUUUCGUUCGCAGAAAGUAGCAGCUCGGCUCUAUUCAAUUCCCACUAGGACACUGAAACCCGAUACAAAACCCACUCUCACACAGAGAGAAUCCUUUCUCGUUCACCUAUUUUUCCAAUUAGAGACUUGGCUGAUACUCAAUAGCUGCGAUGUGCAUUGAUUUCUAUGGGCUAUAGAUAUAAUUGAUAUUAUAUCUAUUGAUUUUUUUUUAAAGAAGAAUCACUGGCCAUGGCUCUCCCCCUCGGCAAGUUAACCAUCCUUGUUGGUGCAGGUAUUAUUGGCUCAGUUCUUGCAAAAGAGGGGCGCUUGCCAAAUGUGUCUGAUUUGGUUUCAGGUGCAUUCAAGAUUGCUUUUAAGCAAAUUAGACAAGAUGAUUCUACCUCAUCAAUUGGCAAGCCACAUAAUGAUUCUUUGAUGGCUCAGGUUAACAGUCUUCGGCAGGAGCUGCAAAUGUUAGCAUCAAACAGAUCAGUUACAAUUGUAACUGCAAGCGGGACAGGUGCAGGUGCAAGUAAAUAUGGUAUAAUUGUUGUCGUGGGUGUAUUUGGAUAUGGCUAUGUUUGGUGGAAGGGCUGGAAACUUCCAGACAUGAUGUUUGCAACAAGACGAGGUUUAUCCGAUGCUUGCACUUCUAUAGCCCAACAACUUGAAAAUGUUUAUGCAUCAAUCAGAAGUACCAGGAGGCAAUUAUCUUCAAAUAUUGAUCGCGUGGAUUCUAAUUUGAAUGAGGUUGCUGUACUUACUGCUAAUACACAAGAAAAGGUUACUGAACUGUUGGAAGAUUCGGAAAGGAUUGGUCAUGACGUUCGAUACGUUCGUGAUGCUGUUGAAACAUUGGAACUAAAAAUCAGUAGAAUAGAAGGGAAGCAGGAAAUGACAAACCUUGGAGUAAAGAAGUUGGUUGACUAUGCCUACAAUUUGGAAAAUAACUUACUUGAAGAGAAUACUCAGGCCUCAUCAUCCAGUUCACGAAUUACAUUCUCAUCAAAGAUGGGCUGCUCUUUGCUGCCUCCCUCAAGUGAACCAACUUCUCCAUCUGUUUCCAGUGGAUCUCUGGAGGUUCAAAGACCCCUCCACAGAGCUGCCUCGGUAACCCUGCAGCAGAGUAAUGGGAUUUCAGCAGCAGUCGGGGUUUCAAGCAAUCCUGGGAUUUCAGAUGGUAUCCGUGCUCUAGAGGAAACAAAUAAUGGCUCUUCAAGUUGGUUAAGACCAACAUUUUUUCGGAGAACAUGCAGUGCAGCAAAUGCAGUAGUACAAAAAACAAGUUCAAGCAGACAGAAAUCUUGAUGAGAUUUUAGAACUUAAAUUUUAUGCGGUAAUUAGUCAUACAUUAGGACGUCUUCCAGGGCUAGUUGUUUCUGGCUUCAGUACCUUCGCAUGAAUAUAGAUACCAGACUGGUACCUAAUUUUGUGGAGAUAUUUAUGAUAUGAGUUUGCUCAGUAUCAUUCUUAGCACAUGUAUAAUGUGGUGCGUUUUGGGUCUCAGAAGAGGGAAAGAGAGGAAAACAAGUUGCACCUUAGUGGUUAUUAAUAUUAAGACAAUUAGGUUGUCUACUAGGAUAAUCUCCAUCAAUAGAAUAAACUCACUGCUAUUCAAGUA